UUUACGACUGCUGGAUUCCUCCUUUGAUUGAAAACGAUACAUUGGAAGAGCUGAGAAUUCCAUUCCAGAUUCUUGAACCGCCGCAAUGGGCUCUCCUCUUCCAGGCUCUAUCGACGAAAGAAAACCUAAAACUUCACAUCCAAGAUUCGGUGUACAGGCAUCCGCUCUUGUCGUUCGUAUGUGCGGAACUCAAAAACGGCGGCUUGGAAGAAAAAGUUUCUAUCGAAUAUUACGAUUUCCAGCACGAAAUUGAAUUUCUGCAGUGCAAAGCAUUUUCAGAAGUACACUUCUCACAGCCAAAUGACCACACAGUGGCCGCUUUGCGCGUCCUGCCGAGCUGCCAGCAUUUCAGCUCUGUUUCCAUUAGCAUCCAUAGGGGCAACGUGGCAGUGUCUUUGGCUUUCGCCGAGUUUCUGGAAUCGACUACGGCGCUGCGAAAGCUCCAUCUGGACGCCGGGUUGGGUGCCCAGGUGGAAGCCGAUGGCGAUACCCGGUGGUGGUCGUUGGUGCUCAAAGCGCUGCCUCGAAACAAUAGCUUGAGGGAGCUAAGCGUCACCUUGUGCAGCAUGAGCGCUGAAGAAAAGGCGGAACUGGCCGACUCCGUUAGGCGAAGCACUAGCAUAAGAUUGGUUUCUAUUGAUCCACAGCCCACCACAGACGCCAGCGCCUUCGUCCGUCGCUUUGCGAAGGACAUUGAGCAAAACCACAUUCUACUGACCUUAAUUUGCGACGGACACAUACACGCUGAUGUUGCCGGACACUGGCACACGGUGCAAGAGACGACGCGAAGGAACUCCGGCGUAGUGGCCCGGGCUGCCCGGCUACAGAAGGCUUCACUUCUUGACAGGUAUGUCAGCGGAGCCUUGCAGCGUGUCAUGCGGCAUCCGGCGCUGCUAACCGAGGUUGCCGAGCUGGUCAAAAUGGACAAAGCAGAACUCGUAAACUUGAUACGAGACCGUCUGCGAGGAUUGGAAACCUUGGACGGAUUCAUGAAGUUGGCAGGAGUCGUCAAGGAGAGAGUUGUCUGCCAUGCUUCCGACGACGGCUGCACGCAACUAGAUGCCUUGAACGAAGACUGUUGGAGGCACGUGCGACAAUACCUAUUCAUCGAUGACGUCAAAGAGGGCAUCGCACAAACGGAAAAGCUCUGAGCUGCAGGGAGUUGUCACUUUACAACGACGCGUGGGCAAUGCCAUGAGAACUGCAGUGCGUUCUGGCAACCUUGAGAAAGUGAUGCCACAAUUUGCGUGGACUCCCAAGACACCUCUUUCGCUGAAUACACUAAUCUCCGCAGGAGUGAUGUCAAGGUUUGUGUAAAUGUUGACAAAAACCAGUUCACUAAUUCUUCGUUCUGUAAGGGAAUUGAAUACGUUUGUCUAA